UGUUUAGAACCUGGAACUUUUUUCAAAUGUGAAAGGCUUUUCACACCGUGUGAAAUGGUAAAUGAAAAUUCGUUUAGCUCCGUCUUCCCGCCAUAUGGAGCGCCACGUUGGUCCUUUGUCUGUCUACAGACGUUCGUUUUUCUCAGUCCUCUGUCCAACUCUAACGUGUCACCAUGAAAAUUGGAACGCCUGAAAACGUGUGCCCUUCAACGAUCCUUCUUAAAGUCCAACUCCUAUCCAUUGCUCUCCCUGUCCCCUUCGUAGCCACGGAAGUAUGAGUCCCUUUGAUAUAGGCAUUUCUCUCUCUUCGUUAUCUUGUAACUGUAUUUCUAGGGCUUCGUGUUGAAUAGCUCUUGAAAUCCGAGACCGGAUGGCUUCAUGGUUGAGGAUCAUCAAAGAGGUGAUGCCGUGUUUUAUUUUACAAGGCUGAUGGAUAUGCUUCUCGUUCAUCAAUCUUAGUUUGUCCCGAUGAAGACUGGCAUAUUAACUUCAUAGGUUUUCAUAUAACAAGUAUUCACUUUCAUAAAGGGGAUAACAUAUCCAUAAUAUGGUUACCUCUGUAUUGAUCACUGGUCAUCUUCUUAUCUGUUAUGCACCUCAAACUGGAGGGGAGAGAGCGGAAGGUGAUAUCAGCAACCGGUGUUCGGCAUGAUGGGCCUCCUAUUUGAACUUCUAGCAAAUGUAGUCAUAUUGAUUACAAAGCCAUUCUCUAUUAUCAAACUUUCAUGGCAGUUAGGCGCUGAAAUAGUUGGCUUUUUAACUAUAACAUGGAUGCGAGUUGUGAAGCUUCUUCUCAACUUAUACAUAGCCAUGUGCUGGAGGAUUAUUAUUUGGACAGUUUCAAUCAUUUCUUUGCCUUUUCGGAUUCUUACAGCAAUACAGAGGGAAAGGCUGCUAGAAACUCACCUUCUUGAAAUGCAAGCCCAGCUGGAGAUGUCUGUAUGGCAGAAGAAAGAACUUGAAGAGAGGUUAACGGUGGCUGUUAAACAACAUAAAAUUGUAGAGUCCAUAUUAGCGGAGGUUGAGGAGGAGCAUGAUAAAGCUAUUACAAAGAUUGAGGUUUUGGAAAAUGAGUUACAGGAUCUUAGAGAAGAGAAUAUCCGCCUAAAAGAAAUUCAUUUCAAACACCUUUGGAAACCCAGGCCUGGAGACCCAACUCUAAAAUACGAGCACCCACGAGAAGAGUAUGGGACAGCAGUCUCAUGGGAUCCAGGCCUUGACGGGAGCAAUUUGGUGCUAAAAGACCUCAUGCAAGGCACCGCUUCUCAUCAAGGGCAGUGUAGGACAAGCCUGCCUCCAUUCGGGCAGAGGCCAAUCUUGCAAUUUCAUAGACCCGACGAAGUUGUGGCUGGAAGGAGGGGUUUGGCCCUUAAGCAAAGCCUCUUUAGUGCCUUCUUGUCUUUGUUGGUUGGGACUAUAGUUUGGGAGGCCGAGGACCCAUGUGGGCCCCUUGUAGCUGCAUUAUUUUCAGUUGUGGGCAUGUCUUUGAAGAGUGUUGUGAGCUUCUUCUCCACACUCGAGAAUAGGGCAGCAUCUGAUGCUGUGGCCUUGUUGAGCCUCAAUUGCUUCAUCUUGGGAACUUUGACAGCCCCCACCUUGCCAAGUAUCGCACGCCUAUCGACACCACCGGUGAUUUGGCUGGCUUGUAGGGCAGGUGGAUGGUUUGCUUUUGCUUGUUAGAGGGGUGAGAGUAUUUGUUCCUGAUGCGUUGUUUGUCUUGUUGAGAAUAACGUUUGUCUAUGUGGGAUUGUUUUGUUGGAGUGUAUAUUGGCUUUUUGGGGAAAGAGAGAGGUGGCCUGGCCUGUUGGGUCAUUGUUGACUCACUUGUCUUGGUCUUGUAGGCACGCACGCGUGAGAGAUACUGUAUGUGAUUGUGUUGGAUCAGUCGAUUUUGGGGUUCCGUAUUUGGUUUUGUAUGAAUGUAAAUAUGACAGACGAUGGAGAGUGAGAGUGGCUGGUGUUUUGGUUGGUUUUAGAGAAGGGGCUGCGCUUCUUGUUUGGCCUUCUGAUUUUGCAACCUGUAAAACAAUUCCUGAGAAGUGUUAGCAGAACGUCUUUGUUCUUGUGGAUGCGAUUGGCUGUUAGGCCUCGACGUAUUUCAAUCUGUAAGAGAAUAUUUUGAAGAGUUUUUUAACAUUGAAAUAUCACCAUUCCUAUUAGUUUAUUAUCA